AUGAUACGUUGGCCAGCAGAAUUUGAGCCCGAUCGAUGCGCAGUACAUGUCAGAAACGAACUAGAAAUCGCAGCGCCAGCAUCACAUGUAUGGUCAUGGCUUGUACAUGCACGACUCUGGCCAACUUAUUAUGAUAACUCUCAGAAUGUUGUCUUUCUCACUGAUACUUCAUCCUCAAUACUUCGUGAAAAUACUCGUUUUACGUGGCGUACAUUCGGUGUAGAUUUGGAAUCGCAAGUAAGAGAAUAUGUUGAAGGUGAACGCAUUGGUUGGGAUGCUCGAGGUUUAUUAGGUUUAUAUGUUUAUCAUGCAUGGUUAAUUAUACCACGAGAUGAGCAUAACUGUUUAGUCAUUACAGAGGAAUGUCAACAUGGAUUAGUUGCGCGAUUAGGAAAAUUGUUUUGUCCUAAUCGAAUGCACACGCAACAUCAGCAUUGGCUUGAACAACUUCAACGUAUGGCUAAAGAGGGACCGCCGAAAGACAGUUAA